CGUUACAAGGUGGAGGUCAUGCAAGAUAUUUAGUCUCGAGGUAGAGGUAGAGGAGCGUGUAGGUGUGGUGGUGGUGGUGGUGGUGUGUACCUCAAGUGAUGGCGUCUGUGUGCUGCGGCCCAGGCUGGCGUGAUAGGCCGUGGCGCGUUGUGCAUGCCAUUGUUCUGAUCUGAGUUACGUGUGGACUUUUUUUCAGGGACUGCAGUGGUUGCUUAACAGAGAGUAAGUGUCCAAAGUAGCGGUGGUCAGUGUCCGGCAGCGGGAGGCUUUUCCCCCUCGGCGUGUCUACCGAGGCGAGGGAGUCUACUACAAUUGUUCAUUAUCGAUCAAGAUAUGGUGCUUCUGACUUACACGAUCAAUAGUGAGUUUCCCUCACCUGGCGCCCCCCUCAUUUCCCCCCUGACACCCUCCCUGCUCCGCACAGGCAACAGUGACGCCUCGCGGCGGUGACGCACUGCUGCUUUCCCCGCACGGGGUCGUUACGCCAUGGCCAAGCUGCUGGAGGGUGGCAGAGAUAGCAAUGUGCGUCAGCGACUCUUACGGCGACACACGGAGGAAGAGCCGUCCGGUCUCCCGAGGGAGCGAGUGAAGCGGUCAACCUCAGCUGGGGAGCGGGGGAAGCAAGAUGGUCUCCGCAAAGGAGAGGACGUCACGUCCUCCCAUCCAUCAUCCCUGGCCGCCUCGCUCUCCUCCCUGGAGGUUAGGGCGCGGCGCCUUGCUUGGUCUGCUAAGGAAUCUGUCACACCCACAUUAAAGACGCCAGCAGAGGGGCGCCCUGCUGACUGUGUGACGCGCCCGUCUCGCCAGAGACCCACUAGUAGCGGCCAGCAUGCCUCUCUUCUCCCUACUGCCCAAACACAGGAGGUCACUAGGGAGACUCCUGAGGCUUGUAAUGAUCUUCAGGCGUAUGCUUGCAUCGGCACUGGCGUGGAGAUCACGAAGAGGGAGCCUGCCGCCAAAGGAAGUCAGGCCCGGCAGGAGCACCACCGACAGCGUUCUGACUCUUGGCCUGAGGUCACUUGGCGGCAGAUAGUCAGACGCGCAUCCCUCACGUCCCUUGGCCACGCUUACAGAAGCAAGUUGGAAGUGGAGCCCUAUGACGGUCUGACCAUCCAAAAGGUACCAAUUCUUACCGGGCCCAGCAAGGGCGAAGCACCGCCGUCGUGUGGUAAUGAGGCGGACGAGGAGAGCGGCGGAGAGGACAGUGAGCGAGCAUCUGCCAGGGCUCCGAGGAUACUGGGCGAAGGGAGGCUCCACCUUCCUUCCCUUCAGCAAACUAUUCACUAAACCCCGACAAGUGGACGAGGAACUGGAGGUGGGGAACUCCUUCCAGCACCUGAGUCAAUCUGAGCGGGAAGUUAUCAGCAGGACGCGGCGAGAACUGAAGCAGCGGCUCACGUCAGCCAGCAGGCGGAGCCGGGACAAGGACGACAAGAUGCAGCUCAGCAUUUUCGUCAGCCCGCCAGCUGACGGCGACCACAGCAGCGGCGGCGAGGAGUUCCGCUCACCAUUCUUUCACACGUCCAUUCCAGUCCAAUCUGAAGAUCAGCACGAAGGCAACAGCCAUUCUCCAGAGGACGCUUACGCGCCGCCACAGCUCGUGGUGAGGAAGGGAGCAAACCAAUCGGUAUUCAGAAAAAGUUCAGGAGGCAGACGAGCUGUGGGAAGGGGAUUCUUCCGCAGACCGCGGCGCCAGGAAGUGACCACCGUGAUGUCCCAAGUGAGCCCCGUCCCCAGCGAUCACGAGUCACGGCCUGAGCACAGCGCUUCCCAGGGCCAGGGCGGAUUGCUACAGGCCAUCCUCACUGACGCUGAAACUUACGCCAUCAGCAGGGAGCACCGCGCCAGUGUGCCGCCCAGAGUGCGGCGCGGCAGGAGGAAGGUUCAUCUACAGGUUCACAUCAAGACGGAGCGAAUCGUGUCGUCUGCGGAGGAUGACGAAGCGGACGGGUCAGAGACAGGCCCCCCGAGGAGCGCCCACGACCAGAGAACAAUGGGCGCGAGGGUGGAAGGGUCGCCUCCCGCCGCUGCCACCGCCCACACGCCGCCCCUCCGCCACCACCACCACCACCAGUACCCACGCCCACAAUACGAAGGAUAAAGGAAAACUGAGCGAAAUUCUAGAGGUAUGCGCCGCCAAGGUGGAGGAGUCCCUGGUGCUGAGUCGCCGUCUGAGCUCAGGAGGCAUCUGGGUUUGCCUCGACACCCUGCAGAGGGGCCUCAUGUCACCCACGGAGUACAGAGUCUACCAGGAACACCUGCAGGAGGAGCGGCAGAGGGAGCAGCAGGAGGAGGAGGAGCAGAGGAAGCAGGAAGAAGAGAAGAAGAGACGUAAAGCUGAUGCAAGGAGGAAUAUUUCUCCUUACAAAUGCUAAGGAAACUUUCAGGAAAAUUUUCACUGCCUUUUUAUUUAGAUUCAGUAAGAAAAUAAUAAAUAAAUAAAUA